AAAGUAACUGAGCUAGUUUUGUGGUCAUUUGAAUGAAUUUUACAUUUUUUGUGUAGAAGAAACAGCAAGAAAAAAUAUGCAGAUAUUAAAGAAGCCCAAAACCGCAGUGGGAUCAACGGAAUCACCAAAAUCAAAGAGCUCAGUGACUUAGAGCAACGGGUAAUUGCAAUAAUGACAGACAAAAAUGUUGAAGGGGAUGAACCUGUUUUAGAAAUAGGCAUUGAAACGGAGGACUUCGUAAGGUCUACAUUGCAAAAUUUACUUGAUGAAGAACAAAAUGAAAAUGUAGGACCAUCGACUUCUACCGGCAACCAUCAAGAAGAGCAGGCAAUUGCAGGUGUUUCGGAAACAGUAACUUCAAGGCCAUCAGUAACUGCGGUAACAAACAGGCAAAAGCGGAAGCGAGAAUCUUUACCUUUAUCAAAUGAUAAACUCCUAGAACUUGAAGAAAAAAAUUUAGAUAUAAAAGAAAAACGGUUGAAACUAGAGGAAAGGAAGAUUAUAGCCUUAGAAAACCUCCAAAACACUUUGGCUCAUUUGUUAAAUGCAAUAAAAGAUAAAUUUUUUGUUUGA